AUGCCUUUCAGCGCACCAUUUGACCUAACGCAAGAGUCGGCAAACGUUAUCGUUCGUUCGGCCCUGCGUGACCACACCGUAGGCGCCAUUGUUGGCUCGGCGCUUGGCGACGCAGUUGGCCUCUAUACCGAGUUCCUCUCCGCCGAUCAAGCUGCCAUCUCGUACCCAUCACGGUCGUUCACUCUCGCAUCUCCAAACCCAACCCCCUUCAAGCUGGACACACACCGUUCCCCGAAGAACCCCGGUGACUGGACUGACGACACCGACCACGCCCUGUUACUCCUUCUAAGCUAUCUGCAUACCGCCUCGACUAAUGGUGCGGAUCCACUCCCAACCCCGUCCGACUUUGCCUCUCGAUUGCGCAUCUGGGUUCAGCAGGGCCUGCGCGUACUGGAUACGAUGCCCCUCGGCCUGGGACGUCUCGUCGGGACAGUUGUUGCCACGAAGAAUUUCGUUGAAGAGCCGGAGCAAGUUGCUCGGGAAUACUGGAAGCGAACGGGACAGCGGGUUGCGCCGAACGGCAGCAUCAUGCGAACACAUCCCCUUGGGCUUAUGUGUCUGUUCCGGGGAGAGGAGGAGACGUUUGCAGUGGCGGCCAAGAUAUCGCGUGUGACACACUAUGAUUCCCGCUGCGUGAUCGCAUGCGUGUAUGGGACAGCACUGGUGAGGGCGGUGGUGAGAUCCGAGAUCUUAAUGGAAGAGGAUAUUAACUUGUUGUUGAGGAAGGUGGUGGUAUGGUAUGCUGGGCAGCCAGAGGUUGGGACUGAGUCGUUAGAAUUAGAUCUCGCCGAGCUGGAGAAACAUGUCAAGGCAGAGAGUCUGGAUGUACUGCAGCUCGACGAGCGCGAAGCGAUCGGGUACGUGUACAAGACUCUCGGUGCGGGGGUUCUGCUUCUGCGAAUGGCCAUUAGGAAGACUAGAGAAAGCUACGGGAGCUUGUUGAUGCGGGUUGCCAUGUUUGAGGAGCUUAUCACGGACCUUAUCAUGAGAGGAGGUGACGCGGAUACGAACGCCUGCUUCGCAGGGGCUUUGCUCGGCGCUUUUCUUGGCUACGAGGCACUGCCAGAUCACUGGAAGCAUGGCCUGCGUCACGAACAAUGGCUAAUAGGCAAAGCUGAGGCACUCUGUCAGGUUCUAGGUCUAGCAGAUGGUCACUAUGACGGCCAGGAAGACAAGGACACGUAUCCUGACGGCGGCCGCGGCUUUGUGUCUGAACAUGAGAUAGAAGGCAGAUGGAUGGUCCUUCAGCAGACUGCCUUCAAGAAGAUCGAGGAUGCGUUAAAGGCCACAUCGAAGACCAGGUCAAGAUGGUCGGUCCCCUGGCCCGGCAAAACAGAACACUAA